GUCACACCCUGGCGCAGCCAUGCCGACCUCUUGAAUGUUCGCCAUGGUCUCUACAGCCCUUCGACGCCAGCAGAGCAAAGUCAUGCCAUUGCUACAGUAGCAGCAUGGAAACAAAGAGGCAACGUUCCUCAUGCAGUCGAAAGCACAGCUCUUCUAAUGGACGCCAUGCUCCUUCACGCGCAAUUCUCGACCUCCAGCGUUGUCACUGGUACUGCUUCAUCGUUUGCCCUUAGAGCCGCCUAUACUACUGCACUUUCCCGAUUUGUGACUGGAUUUGCCGAUCUGGGACGCCAUAGAAACGGACCUGGUCAGAGCAUGUUUGAUGUCGCCAGGUCCAUUGGUCUGCCUCCACACUUUGUGGAACUCCGCCAUGAAGUCGCUCACGAAGAUUUGCCUGGUCUCGCGAGACUUGUCCGCAGUGCUCGUGAAGCAGUCAAUUGGCUCUGGGGCGUGUACUGGGCAAAACUGCCACGAGAC